GGGUGAUAUAGGGGCUGCAAUGCAUUGAAUCAAUCAGCACACGACGCUGAGUCACCAACGCAGCCAGACAGACAGACAGACACCCACCGCCCAUCCACACACACAACACACAGAGAGAUAGAGAGAGCGAUAGAGAGACGAACAGCCAGAGAUAAAACCACUCACCCACUAUGCCCCAUUCACUAUGCCCCAAACUGCACUAGCUGGGCAAAGCAACGCGGUACUGCUUCUGCAGCAAGAAGUGCUUCUGCCAUGAGACCAGACACUUCGCCUCAAAGGCCUCCUUCUCCUUCUUGCACUGCUCAGCAUCGCCACCGUGCUGGUCCAAACAUGCGAAGUAGACGUCACGGGCCUCCCAGCACUCCUUCCUCGAGAAGGCCUGCCUCGCGUCAGCGGCCUGAGGCGUCUGUUUGCUUGUGCUCGUGGCCUCAUCCGGUGCUGGGCUUGCUGCCGCCGCAUCCGUGCUUGGGCUGGAAGAGCUCCUGCCCCAUAAGGGCAUGCCGAAAUGGGCUCCCGAAAUGGGCUCGCGGAAAGGGGAUCUGAGAGAGAUCGAUCAAAUCCACAGAUCUUCUCGAGCGCUUCUUCAGGCGCUAUUCUACAUAAUUUUCAGGCCUUCUCGCGCCUCAUUCC